AUGGACGCCUCAAACUUCGCAAUUGGGGGAGUCUUAUUUCAAAAGGAGGGAGAGUUAGAACAUCCAAUAGCCUUUACGGGCAGAAAAAUGAAACCAGCAGAGCUGAACUACCUAGUUCGCGAACAGGAACUACUCGCUAUUAUGCAGGCGUUGAAGCGAUGGCGCGUGUAUCUUCUCGACAAGCCAUUCCUGGUGGAAACAGAUCACAAGAGUAUUGAGAUGAUCCUCACGCAGAAGACGACGAAUCGACGCAUUGCGCGGUGGUUUAACGAACUCGCUGAGUUUCAGCCUCUUUUCAAGUGGAUUUCAGGAGAGACGAAUGUAGUCGCAGAUGCGUUGUCGAGAAAUCCUGAGUUCGAGCAUAAGGCUGCACAAGUGAGCCUGAAGGAACUUCUUGAUACAGCUCAAAACCGUGAAAUUGUGGCAACCAUGGUCGAGAACAAUAUGACCGUGGCACAGUCCGCAGUAAAGAUGUAUUCGUGGAACAAGGACUUGCAGGGAAUUGUCAAGAAGCUAAAGCUAGGAGAAAAGGUUCCGCAUUACUCACUAGAUCAUGGCGUGCUGUACUGUCAGACGCGUGAAGAUGACAGUCCUAGACUGUAUAUUCCAGAUGACGAAGAUCUGAAGAAUCGAGUCAUUUGUGAGAACCACGAUGCAGUCACGGCUGGCCACCCAGUGUAUUACAAGACCUAUGUCGCAGUACUUAAGAAGUACUACUGGCCGAAGAUGAUGAAGUAUAUCCAGCGCUAUGUGAACACUUGUGAAAUGUGUCAGCGCAACAAGGCGAGGCAGGCGAAGAUCCCAGGAUUGCUUCAACCGCUGGAGAUACCACGGGGUAGAUGGGUCGACAUUUCGAUGGAUUUCGUUGUGUCUCUACCUCCCAGCAAGGAUGACUGUGAUGCCAUCAUGGUCAUCGUGGAUCGAUUGACCAAGCGUGCAAAGUUUAUUGCAACGCAGACGACAGACAGCGCAGAGGAUAUUGCGAAUGUUUUCAUGAAGAGUUAUGUAAAAGAUCAUGGCCUUCCGAAAACAAUUUUGUCUGAUCGUGACUCCAAAUUUACGUCCAAGUUUUGGCAGGCAGUUAUCACUGCUAUGGGAACGCAGCAUAUCCUUUCAUCGGCAUUCAGACCACAGACGGAUGGACAAACGGAACGUACAAACCGUUUUAUCGGAGAUUAUCUCCGAGGAGUCAUCAACCCAGCCCAAAAUGAUUGGGAUGAGUUUCUUCAUUGGGCAGAGUUCGCGUAUAAUCGACGCGUGCAUGCUACGAUUGGUAUGUCACCGUUUGAAGCGGAUCUUGGGUAUAUUCCAUACAUGCCCGACGAUGUAGUGUCAGAUCCAGAGUUCAAGAAGUUGGAGAAAGCAGCAAGAGAGUUCUUACUCCGACAAGAAGCCUUCCUCAAGGUCGCGCAAGACCGUAUGAGUGAAGCACAGGAGCGCAUGAAGCAUUAUUACGACAAGAACAGAUUUGUCCAAGACUUCAAGAUUGGCGACAUGGUGCUACUAGACGGAAAGAAUUUGGAUAUCCGUCACAAGGGGUACGCACAGUCGAAGAAGUUAGCUCCGAGGUUCAUUGGACCUUUUCUGGUCCAGAAGAAGGUAUCUCGAGACUCGUAUGAGUUGGGAUUAUCGAAGAACCUGAAGUUGCAUCCAGUUUUCCAUACUUCACUGUUGAAAACGUACCGCAAAGAUCCAAAGCGCAGGCAGCAGGUGAACAAGGUUGUGUUAGCCGACGGAACUGAAGGGCAACUGAUCGAAGCCGUGAUCAACCACCGCAAGUACAAGGGCAAACCGCAGUACAAGAUUUGGUGGCUAGGCGAGACCAAGAAAGAGGCCACGCGGGAACCUGUUGAGAAUCAAAAACAAAUCCCUGGUCUCAUUGACCUCUAUUGGAAGUCCAAGAAGAGAGAGAACCCUUUUUAG